UUUAUUCGUUAUCCUCAAAAUUCCCGAGUAAACAACACUCCUCUUCUUCCGCCAUAGCCACAAUGCUUAGUCUUUCGAUUGCCUCGCCGGGGACGGCGGUGAGUUUCCUUCGAGGAAGUGCUUCGGCGAGUUCAAAGUCGUCUUCAUUCCAUGGUGUCAGGAUCCAGCACCAGGUUUCUGCUCGCGUGCCGGCGGCGACGAUAGCUUCUUCUCGUAAACCCUUGGUGGUGAUGAUGUCGAAAAGAGAAGCGCAAUUGAAAGAAAUCAGAGCGAAGACGACGGAGGAGCUAAACGAAGAGGUUAUUGACCUUAAAGGAGAGCUGUUCAUGCUCCGUCUCCAGAAAUCGGCAAGGAACGAGUUCAAAUCAAGCGACUUUCGCCGAAUGAAGAAGAUGGUAGCGCGGAUAUUGACAGUUAGACGGGAGAGGGAGAUUGAAGAAGGGAUAGGGAAAAGGUUGUCGAGGAAACUUGACAGGAAAUGGAAGAAAAGCAUUGUGGUGAGACCACCUCCUUCUCUAAAGAAGCUGCAAGAGGAAGAAGCUGCAGAAGAAGCAGCUGAGGCUGCAAAAUCUGCCUGACCAAAAAAAAAAUAACAGCCAUUGAUGGUCUCUGCUCUUGCUGCAUGUUUCCUCUCUCUGUUAUUGUUUUUGAAUCUUUGUUGUUGUUCUGUUGGUGUAAACUUUCCUCAUUAAGUAGUAUGAAUUGAAUAUCUUUGCUCCUUGUUUUUUA